CCUUUUCAACUUUUACGUUUGCUUUCGUUUCUGUCUUCACUUCUGCCGGAUUUGCUAGGAUUACGUGUGAUUCCUGAGUUUGUGCUCGUGUGUGCCACCCAUCAUUCCGUCGGGGCUGAUGCCAUGAUUUUUACGGCGACAUUUCUGGUCAUAUCAAGCCACUUAGCGGUUGGACUUUUAAACCUGGAAGAAUUGAGGAGCUUCAAUUAUGAAGUUGAUAUCGUGAGCACACCUGUAAAGAUCGGCCAUGAUAUGGGACAAUCUGUAAUGCUGAUGACAACAAAGUUUGGCCAGGAAUAUCAGUGUUCCUUACCGGAGAAACCUGUCGGUUCCGAGAGUGCCGAAUCUUCUGAUGGUGAGGAAGAAGCGUCAAAUGUUAUAAAGUUACUGGAGCCCUUGCGAAGUUUACCUUGCCUCACCAAGACAAAAAACUGGUGGACAUAUGAACUGUGCUAUGGGAAGUCAAUCAAGCAGUUCCAUCUAGAGAAUGGGGUGCCCGAUGCAGUUAUAUACCUGGGUCUUUAUGAGUCUGAUUUUGAUUGGAAUGAUGAGACAAAUUUGGAGCAGCUGAACAAGACGGGACAGCAAAAGUACCACAGCCAAAAAUACACCCGAGGCACAGUCUGUGACAUCACUGGCGCACCCCGCAAGGUGGAAGUUCGAUACUACUGCGACGAGGACUCCACGGACUACAUCUUCAGUGUGGAGGAGCCAGAGACAUGCAGCUACGUGUUCACCGUGCACACGUCUCGCGUGUGCUCGUUCCCACCGCUGAGGCGGCUCUCCACGUCGAGGCCCCACACCAUCUCGUGCAGCCCCCUGCUGUCCGAGGAGCAGUACCAGAAGUACCUGGAAGUCAGGGAAAAUGAAAAGAAGCUGGAGGAGGAGAAGCGAAAGAAGUGGCUUGUUGAGCAACAGAAGAACCUUGAAGCCAUUAAGUCCUUUGCAAAAAAGCAGCCACUUGAAAGCCUCUCCAAUCCGGACAAGACGGAAACAACUCCCGUUCAGAAUGAACCAGAACAGCAGCUCGACUUGCGGUUGAAGGAAACGGAAGAGGUGACAGAGGAUAGCAAGAAUGCUGUAGAGAAUGUUCCAGAUUCAUCAAAACCUGAACAAGUGGGGCUACUGGAUGAGGAAAAGGAAGCUGCAGAUCUGAUGAGGGAAAGCCUGAAGAAAGAUUUUGCGAAGCAGUUCAAAGAUUUGUUUAAUGAGGAGGCAGAAGGGGAGCUGCAGGACGAGGCUUACGAGCAGUUCAAGGAGAAGACCUACCUGAAGUUGGACUCUACUAUUGAGCGACUCAUGAAGCGCAUGAAGCAGGCCGAGGCACUCGUCCCAGACGAGAUCGAUGCCAAGGUGGCUGUUGUGGACCUGGAUGAAAAUCGAAAAGGCCAUAAGGCGCAUCAUCAGGAUGUGGAGAAAGAGCAAGACUCUCCCGAAGGUGACGAGGAAGGGGACAACAAUGAAGGGUACGACGAAGCAUCAGAGCCCCUACCAGGCGAAGAGGGGGAGGAACUCGAUACUUCUGGAGAAAGUCAGGGGCAGGAUGAAGAAAGUGGUCUGGAGGACGGCCCCCUUUCCUUGGAAGAAUCGUCGGGCAAGGAUGCCCGGGACAAGGAAGGCAGUGUGCGGGUCAGGAUCCGGCGCUUCAGCAGGAGAAAGCCCACGGACCAAGGCGAGAGGGCCACCUCCUUCCAGGAGCAGGACCUGCCCGCGGAGGACAAGUCACGGCUGGAGAGUGCCCUCAAGGAGCGACUCCAGAAGGCUGGAGUGGACACAACCGGACGAAAAAUAGAGGUGAAGAUAAUCACCGCAGGGUAUUACGAUGAUGAAGAUAACAAGGGCAUAACCGUUCUCUCACCAGAGGAAACCACACACUUUCAAAACAUGAUUGUCACCCUGCUGAUGGGUAACCAAGAGGCUGUCCAAGAGAUUGAGAAACAUGAAAGGCUUGAGAGAAACUACCAAUUUGUCUGGGACGAAGAAAGGAGAAAAUCGUCAUCAGCACUACCAGCUAUGGAAGCGGAAGAGGAUGACAGAUAAUGGUGUUCUCUCUGUGGUUGUUCAGGUCUAGUCAUUGGCUCCCAGCAUUCUCAGUUUGGGAGCUUGUUACCUGCACAAUGUUUUCAUCCCUUGGGAGGCUGAGGACACCUCAGUGUACUGUGUUAAUCAGACUUUUUUUUUUUUUUUUUGUGCAAGCAAUGAUUUGACUGGCAACUAGAAAUUUAUGACGACAUUUUGUUAUAACGCAAUUCUACACUUUUUUUACUUAGAAAAAUCCAUGUAUCCCAAAAAGAAAAAUAAACUAUACAAGGUGGGUUCAAA